AUGCUUCUCCUAAUGUUGCUGUCAAAUGCCAAGACGGUCGUGGGUCGGUCCACUUUUGUGUCCGAGUAUAUCGAGAAUCGGGGUAAAGAGGGCCUGAAAGAGCGGCUUAGCCUGGGGCCUGCGGGGCACGAGUUGCAACAGCCGGGGACUCGUCCAACCGAGUUGAAAUCUAACAAUGAGAUGGCCGAGGAGUUCCGCGACUUUGCAACACUGUAUUUUGUGCAGCGCCAAGUAGUAUAUAUUAUCUCCGUGCUAUAG